AUGUUGAGGCUACUAUUGAAGCUGUUCCGGAAGAAACCGGUGGACUGUAAUGAAUUGCAGACGACCAAGCUUUCUCGAGUUCUUACACUAUUGGAUCUCAUACUCUUGGGAGUGGGAAGUACCCUAGGAGCUGGCGCCUAUGUAUUAUCAGGAGAGGUUGCCAAGACAAAGGCAGGUCCCUCAAUUGUUCUGUCCUUCUUCAUAGCAGCCAUUGUAUCAGUACUUGCAGGGCUUUGUUAUGCUGAAUUUGGGGCCCGUGUGCCAAAGACUGGCUCUGCCUAUGUCUAUAGCUACAUCACAGUUGGUGAACUGAUUGCUUUUAUCAUUGGUUGGAACCUCAUCCUGGAAUAUGCCAUUGGAACUGCAAGUGUAGCAAGAGCUUGGACUGCAAAUUUCGACACAUUGGUUGACUAUAAAAUCUCCAAUUUCCUAAACUCCUCCAUGCCUAUUCAUGUUGAUUUCUUAGCGGAAUAUCCAGAUUUCUUUGCGUUGGGUCUGGUGGCAUUACUUACAGUUAUUCUUGCUGUCGGAGUGAAACAAUCUACAAUGUUCAACAGUGUUUUUACAGUCCUCAAUCUCUUUGUACUUACCUAUGUUAUCAUCUGUGGAUUUUUCAACGUUGACUUUAAGAACUGGAGCAUUGACAAAAGUGAAGUACCUUCUGGGUUCGGUGAUGGUGGGUUCAUGCCUUAUGGAAUCUCCGGAAUGUUGUCUGGUGCUGCUACAUGUUUCUAUGGAUUUGUUGGAUUUGACUGUAUUGCUACCACAGGUGAGUUACACUCGAAUCUACUCACCACUGGUGAGUUACAGCUGAGUCUAUUCUUAUUACGGAUGAGUUACACUUGUGUGUAUUCUCAUUAUUGCAUGGUAGGUUCAAUAUUUCCCUUACCCAGGGUUGUAUAUGCAAUGGCUGAGGACCGCAUAAUCUUUGGUGCCUUUUCUAAAGUAUCAGACAAGUUCAAGACCCCUGUCCUGGCAACGUUGGUCGCUGGACUCUUUGCAGGUGUGACUGCUCUCAUUUUUGAUCUCACUGAACUGGUGAAUAUGAUGUCCAUUGGAACUCUCCUAGCUUACACGUUUGUGGCCAAGUGUGUUGUUAUUUUACGUUACAGAGUAAAGGCUUUUGAGAACGAAGAACCAGCAAUGAAACCGGACAAUAUUAGUGCAGCUGGCAACAAUAUUGAGUUUCAAGGAAAAUUUAGUCUGAAGCAACUGAUAAAACCAGAAACAACAUUUCCAACCAAAAUUAGUGAAGCCAUUGUGACAACAACUUCAUCUAUACUCAGUCUGUUUGCAAUUGCUUUGUGCGUUGUCCUGGUGAAUGCAGAAGAUGACCUGACCAGUGGCUGGGCCAUUUACUUGAUUAUUCAGUUCAUAGUCCUCAUCAUUAUUUGCAUGAUAAUUAUUGCUAUGCAGCCAUCCAACACUGCCAACAUCCCAUUCAAAGUGCCACUUGUACCAUUUCUGCCAGAACUUAGUGCUGCUGUGAACAUUUAUCUCAUGCUCAAGUUAUCGCCUUCAACAUGGAUACGAUUUUGUGUAUGGAUGGUUAUCGGCUUCUUCAUAUAUUUUGGCUAUGGUUUCCGAAAGAGCAAGCUUGCUGAGCAGAAGUGAAACUGAGGAGAUCGAAGCACAGGCUGAAUUAACAGGAUUAUAUAAGCAACAUUGAUGACCAAUCUCUAAUAACUUGAAGCAGCUACCAUCUAAAAUAUAUACAUCAUACAUCAUAUAUAUAUGGAAAGAAAUAAGACUAAAAACACAAAAGAUUUGUUU